CUAGACUUUAGAGAAUAGAGAAAAAGUAGAUACUAGAACAAAGGGCUGAGAAGGAGGAGGAGGAGGAGGCAUCAUCCACCGGAGAUGACGACGGCGGCGACGAUGACGAAGGUGGACAAGAAGAAGAAAAAGGGCCGUCCUUCCCUCAUAGAUCUCCAAAAACGCUUUAUUAGACAACAACAACAACAACAAAGAGAAGAAGAGCUACAACGACAGAUAGAAAACCCUCACUCUAACCCAGGAUCUUCUCACUGGACAUCUAACAUUGACUCACCGGAAUUUAUUGCCGCUGACGACGAUGACGACGAGCGUAAGGAGAAGAAGCAUAAGCUUCUACUUGGCCUUAACUCGAAUUCCGAUUGCUAUAACCUGCCGUUAAAGUCGAAUGUGGAUGAUGAAGAAGAUUUCAAUGUUGAUUCCAAGAAGCGUAGAUCUAAUCUAAUGGUGAUAUCUGCUCACUUUCUUUGUUUUUUCCCCACAAGAGUAAUUUCCCUUUGCGUUUUCAGAAUUUAAAACAGAUCAAAAACUCCGAACCGGUGCUAGUGCUUAUUGGUUGUGUAUUUAUUUAUUAAUUAAAACCUUCAGAAAGAUUAAGCCUCAAAGAUUCGUCGUUUUCCAGAGAAUGUUUUUAUUUUGCUGAAAGGGUUUUAGAUUUUUGGGAUUUCGCGCGUAACCUGAAAUUAUUGAUUAUUCUGUGGUAUUUGUUGGAUUGUGAGUGUGUGUGUGGACAUGUGUGUACUUGACUAGGUCAUGUUUGGAUAACAAUAUUUAAAUUUAUACAAAUCUUAAAUUCAAACCUUGAGCUUCUUUCCAGUUUUUUAUAUAUAAAUUUAUAUAUACACAUACUAUAUACUCCCUAUUUUAAUUCUUUCAAUAUAUAAAUAUUAUAUAUAUAUUCUCUUAUCUUAUAGUCUUUAUUGAAUACCAGACCUUUUUAGGUUUGGGGUCUGAAAAGUUUCAGUUUGUCUUUUCUUUAAUUAUUUCUCUGUUCCCCUCUUUUUUUUUUUUUUUUUUUAAUAAACAUGUAUGUACUUCCUCCUCUGCGUCUGGUGGCUCUUUUACUGAGUGAUGAUGUUUUGAAAGCGACAGACAAUAGCAUACAUGGGUUGCAGGUGGAGACCGGUCCCACGACACCGUUGCCAGACAAAAAGUUGUUGGUGUUCAUCCUUGACAGGCUUCAAAAAAAGGACACUCAUGGGGUAUUCUCUGAGCCUGUGGAUCCGGAAGAGCUUCCUGAUUAUCAUGAAAUAAUUGAUAACCCAAUGGACUUUGCAACUGUGAGGCAGAAACUUGAUGCUGGACUUUAUGCUAAUUUGGAACUAUUUGAGAAAGACGUCUUUCUAAUAUGUUCAAAUGCAAUGGAGUAUAAUUCAUCCGAUACAAUAUACUUUCGACAGGCAAGAUCCAUCCAAGAGCUUGCACGAAAGGACUUUGAGAAUCUGAAGCAAGAUAGCGAUGAAACUGAACCACAGCCAAAAAUUGCAAGGAGAGGCAGGCCACCGGGCAAAAAACUUAAAAAGUCAAUCGACAUUUCUGUUGAAAAUGUUGGUCCCAAAUUGAUUUUAGAUUCAACAAAUCCUUCAGUAGGAGAGAAUAGCAAUGGUUUCAGUGCUUACAAUCUAAGGAAAGGCCCACAUUUCAACAAAUUAUAUUCUGCUGAGGUUUUCCACGCGUCUUUGAGUGGUGAGACCGGUAAUAGCUUGGUGUAUGACUGGGAGAACGAAUUUCCAGCUUCGGUAUUGAGAAGUGUGGCAAAGUAUGGAAAGAAACAUUUUUCUAUUGAUGAGAAUAAGCGAGAUACUUAUACUUUUCCUUUGACUUCUGCUUGCGGGACGUUUGCCUUGGCUGCUCUUGAAGGAGAACAAAAGCAAUUAGUUGAGGUAGAGGAUGCUUACUUAGAGCGUAGUUAUGCAAGAAGCAUAGCUCAAUUUGCAGCGGAUCUUGGGCCUGUUGUUUGGAAGAUUGUUUUAAAGAAAAUUGAAGCUAUCAUUCCUCUUGAAGUCAAGUUCAGUCCUGGAUGGAACACGGCAUCAGAUAACGAAAGAUAUUUAUUUUGUAAGAAGUGGUUGGUAAACCAUGCAGAUGGUGACCUUGCAAGUAGGCCUCCUCUACCUCAAAGUAUGUCUGGCUCAAAUUCAAUUGUUGCAAAAGGGUGGUUUCCACAAGAUGAUUUGACUAUAAACACCCAAAGUGAAUUGACUUCACUGAAUUCAAACUGUGGCAGGAUGAGUCCAGCAACCACACAUUUCCAAAUUGAGCAAAAUUCCUCAAGUCAAUUUUGCAUCAACGGUCCAAAUAACAGGGCCAUCUCGUACACUCCCCAAACAGGGAUGGUAAGACCCCCCACUGCAAUGUUGAAUUUAACUCCGGCAAAAAUUUCAGAAGCUUCUUAUAUUGGUGGUGCCUCAGCUAGCAACACUGCUAUCAGUCCUGUGUUUAUAACUGGUACCAAUUCAAAUGAAGCCAAUUUUAGAUCAGCUGAAAUGGGGUUUGCAAGAUAUGCAUCUUUCCAGGGGUUAACAAGGCACCACAAUCAGAAUUCUCAUCCAUUUCCAACUGAGCCAAAUUUUGGUUUUGGCGUGCCAAGUUCAUCGAGUUUAGUUGCUCAGGUUGGUCCACACCAACUGCCAGAUUUAGCUUUGCAGCUAAGAAUGGGACGCGAGUAAGGUGUUUGAGCUUUUCGGAGUAGAGAAAUAAUACUAGCUUUAUCAUUCUUUUUAUUUUAUCUUGUAGUAUGUAAAAAGAGGAAGAAGAAAUUAUAGAACAAUGAUUGCAUUUGCAAGUGUAGUGAAAAGAAAUGAAAAAAAGGUAUUUUGUACA